AAACAUCAUUUCUUAUUUUCCACAAUGGUACUGCUCAGCCUAACCCUCAGCCUGGUCCUCCUUGGCUCCUCCUGGGGCUGUGGUGUUCCCGCCAUCACACCUGUACUGAGCUACAACCAGAGGAUUGUCAAUGGGGAGAAUGCAGUGCCAGGCUCCUGGCCCUGGCAGGUGUCUCUACAGGAUAGCACUGGGUUCCAUUUCUGUGGUGGUUCUCUCAUCAGCCAGAACUGGGUGGUCACUGCUGCCCACUGCAAAGUCACGCCUGGACGCCACUUUGUUAUUUUGGGAGAAUAUGACCGAUCUUCCAAUGCUGAACCUGUGCAGGUGCUCUCUAUCUCGAAGGCUAUCACACACCCUAACUGGAACUCCAACACUUUCAACAAUGAUGUGACUCUCCUGAAGCUUGCCUCACCAGCCCGGUACACAGCACAAGUCUCACCAGUCUGCCUGGCUUCCUCAAAUGAGGCACUGCCUGCGGGCCUCACAUGCGUCACCACUGGCUGGGGCAGGAUCAGUGGUGUGGGCAAUGUGACACCAGCACGUCUGCAGCAAGUAGUUCUCCCCCUGGUCACUGUGAAUCAGUGUCGGCAGUAUUGGGGUUCACGCAUUACUGAUUCCAUGAUAUGUGCGGGUGGUGCAGGUGCCUCCUCGUGUCAGGGUGACUCAGGAGGCCCUCUUGUCUGCCAGAAGGGAAACACCUGGGUGCUUAUUGGUAUUGUCUCCUGGGGCAAUGAACACUGCAAUGUACAAUCACCUGCCAUGUACGCUCGGGUCAGCAAGUUCAACACCUGGAUCAACCAAGUCAUGGCCAACAACUAAACUGUCCAUGGAUCCUUUCCCCAGCUCAAUCCAAUAAACAGACCAGCCUGUUUCUCUUG